CAAAGGGGGUUUUCAAACUUUUCAUUGCCGAUUGACGUUUUUUUCAAUCACCUCCAAAUUCAAAUCCAAAUCUCCACAAGUCACCAAAAUCCAACACUACACCAAUCCAAACUACACAACACUCUAUAAUUCCAUCAAUGGAAUUCAACGAACAAGACUGGGAGCUCAUCAACGACGACGGCUUCGUCUACCGGCGUCUGAAGCGUCUCCGCCCUGAAUCCGCCGUCCCCGCCGCCGACCCACCGCCGGAUCCCGCAGCAGAAGCCAAAGCCCGCAGAGAACGAAAGAAAAACUUGUUAUUAAAGCUGAAAACUAAGUACCAACAAGAGAUUGACCAUUGGGAACUUUUGUCGAACACCUUGCAGGCAUUAAAAGACCGCACACAAAAUCAACCACCAGUUGUUGUUUCACCUGUUUUAGAUCAAAGGGUAUCCGUUUUGCACGAGAACUCGUCCGAUUUGACUCACCGGAAACUCGCCGGUACCCUCGUCCUUCAGGUUGAAGCUCAGGAAGCUACUAUUUCUGAAAUUUCAAGAUUUUGUGAUGUUGUGGAAACAUUAUGUGAUGCGGAAGAACAGCGGUUGAGGCAACCGUUUAUCGACUUGCCGAUUUGGGAACCAAACCCACGGGAGCUAAUUGCGUCGCUGUUAGAAGAUUGAGGUGUGUUUGAGAUUAUGGGUGUAGUCUGACUUGGAGGUAGAACCGUAGAAGAAAGGUUUCGGGUGAAGAAACCGAUGACGGUGUAGAAACUAGAAAGUGAGUAAGUAUCUCUUAACCAAGAAUUUGUUGUGUUAUAUAUUUUUGUUUAGUGGUUAUAGAUAGAUUCGUUGAAUGCUAGCUGUAUCAACUGUGAUUGAGCCAGUGUAUGGAACUAGAGUAGAACACAACUUUGUUGAUCUUGUUCGAGGGUUUGAAUGUAAUUUGAGAUAUUGUAAAAAUUGUUGAUUUAGCGAUUCUUGUUCAUGGGUCAA